CCAGAGAAGAAAGAAAACGAGAUGUCUUUCUUUGUCAUUCCCAAGUGUAGCUGCGUUGGAGUCGGACGUGGUGCGUGGCGUGCGUUUGUGUGCGUUUUAUAAGGUCCUGUGCGUGUUGUGAUGAGCAGAGUUCACAAGAGAGGAAGACCAAAGGGCAAAAAACAAAUACAGGAAAAAAAGGCCCGCUAUCUGUUUCCACAUAAGAGGGAAGGAUACUAAAGAAAAAAGCUCGUGCAUAUGUGAAGACUUCCGAGAAUACAAACAUACACACCUGCACCUUUGGAAAGCAACAGGUGUAUAAGUGUAUCUCAUGUGUGUCUGUUUUGCUAUUUCUGCUCCGACGCGCAAAGGAUAAUGAGUGACACGGCUCAAAACUGUACGCUGAAUGUGAGAAACACGACGACUGCCACCACCACCACCACCACCACUACCACCACCACCACACAUCCCAUCACCAUCACGUGCUACAUCGUUACAUUUCCGUUUGGCGCCUUUCCUGCUGCUGAUCGGGGUGCUGGUGAGCGUGGCGUGUGUCUUGCUGCGUGUCUCAGUCUUGCUCCUGCCACGCUUUCUGAUAGAGGGUCGGUCGAAGAGAAAGGCAAAAAAACGGAAAAAAAUGGAGAACGGACGGAGAGGCGGGCGGACAGACCACAACCAAAAUGGAAAAAGAGAAAGAGACAGGAAAAAGAGAGAAAAUGUCCACGAUCGAGAGUGACACUUUCUUUCCUCCUGUGACAAAGAGCGUUGGAGAAUACAGUGAUUGGCGUCCAGGGAAUAGCUUCUUUUAUGUACUGGUAUUGACGGGGAGUGACAAAUGAAUGUGGUAGUUGUGAUUAUUGUACGGCAUUUAUGAGGUUUUUGAACAAGGCGACUGGGUUGGUAUUUGUUAGCGUGCAACGGAAUGUGUGGUUUUUAUUUCUCUUGUUUGUUGUUCUUGAAUGUUUUGUUGGUAGUGUUUUUAUUAUUAUUGUUGUUGGUGAUACUGUUGGUGCCCCUGCUUCUGUUUCUUCUUCUUCUUUUUCCUCUUUUAUUAUUACUACUACUACUACUGCUGCUACUAAUGUUUUUUUUUCUUUUUUUUUCUUCUUCAGUAACAGUAUCACAUCCUACCUCUAAUAUUCCCAGUAUUGCCAACAUUCCUUUUCAUAUUGCUCCUACUAUCACUACUAUCACCACCACCACCACUAUUACUACUACUACUACUACUACUACUACUACUACUACUACUACUACUAUUACUACACGCGUAAUAAAUAACACCAAAGCCAAUAUUCUGAGACCCACCACCACCACCACCACCACCACCACCACCACCACCACCACCACCACUACCUGAGUCGAGGACGUAAACGAGAAAGAAAAUGUAUGGGGGAGUCACUACUUUUAAGGCCUUGUGAAAGAUAAAUGAGCUGCCUUCUUUUGUAGUGAAUUAGUUACUCUCUCUCUCUCUCUCUCUCUCUCUCUCUCUCUCUCUCUCUCUCUCUCUCUCUCUCUCUCUCUCUCUCUCUCUCUCUCUCUCUCUCUCUCUCUCUCUCUCUCUCUCUCUCUCUCUCUCUCUUUUGAAAUACUAAAGUUUACCCUUUCCACUCGCCCCGGCCCCCCAUCUCUUCGUUUUCUGUGAAGUUAAGAAAUGUGUAUAAUUAAGUGUUUUAUUUUGCCCGCACCUCUUAUUAACUUGCCUUCUGUUGGCGUUGAAAAAUGAGACUCACCUUUUUUUUUCCCCUCGUUUUAUUCUUCAAGGUUUAAAUGUAGAAGAUUACUCAAGUGCUUUAUUAUAACGUAAGGUAAUUUUCUCCCAAGUCUGAAGGAAAGCUGGUCUUGAGGAUUUUUCACUGAGAUGAGCAACACAGUACCACUUGGAAAAAAAAAAAAAAAAACGCUACCCAGUACAACACAAAAAAAAAAAAAGAAAAAAAAAGUAGAUAUUAAAAAAAAAUAAAUAAAACUGAAGAUGAAAACCGUUAUUAAUUUUAAAAGUUGCUGGGGCGCGGAACAAAGAGGAAAUGUCCAGGACAGAGUUAUAAAAAGAAAUACAAUACCCAGUACAAUAAAUUGAAAAAAAAAACGUAGAAAUUAAAAAAAAGUAACAAGACUCAAUAUCACAGCCAUUAUUAAUUUCAGAAGUGGCUGGACUUCAGAACAAAGAAGAAAUGUCAAGCAGUUGGUUGUGAUUAAGGACAGGCGUGUCAUAUUUUAAGGAAAAGGUUAAAGGCAAGGUGUGUCAGAUUGUAAGGAAAAAGUUAAAGGCAGGGUGGGGAAGGGACAGCUCCACUAAACUCUUCAGGAAUAUUAAUGUAGAUGGAUUUUGUGUCUACCCAAUAGUAUUCGAGCUUCGUUGUGACGUCAGAGGAAGGAGUCUUAGUAAUGGUUAGCUUAAGUUUGUCUUCAUUAUAGUUAACUUUU